AUGUCGAAAUAUUUGAUUUUUAUUGCAUUGCUAUUGAUGAUCAUUGUCACUACAUUCGCAGAAGAUAAAUUACAGAUUGGUAUAAAGAAAAAAGUUGAAAAUUGUGAUAAAAAAUCGAAGAAAGGUGAUAAGUUACAUAUGCAUUAUACGGGAACUUUAAAAUCAAAUGGUAAGAAAUUCGAUUCCAGUCGUGACCGUGGCGAACCAUUUACUUUUACAAUUGGUACUGGUCAAGUAAUCAAAGGGUGGGACCAAGGAUUGCUCAAUAUGUGCGAAGGGGAACAACGUAAAUUAGUAAUUCCACCAUCACUUGGCUAUGGAGAUCGUGGUGCUGGUAAUGACAUUCCAGGUGGUGCUACGCUUGUUUUUGAAGUGGAACUCGUUAAAAUUGAACGAGGAAACAACGAUCUUUAA